CACUCUCUCUCUAAAAAAGGAAACUCUCUCUUUCCCUGUCUCUCUGCUCUCUCUGAUUAGUAUUUUUAGCUGAAAAGUCUCUCUCUCUCUCGAAUUCAUGUCGGUAUGUAGUUUCUCUCUCUGUGGAACAUAUGUAUACUGAUUCCUGUGUGCAAGACACAGGUCGGCCACUGCCAAAAUUUGGUGAAUGGGAUGUCAAUGAUCCUGCAUCAGCUGAGGGAUUUACUGUGAUAUUUAAUAAGGCAAGGGAUGAGAAGAAGACAGGUGGCAAACCGGAGUCACCAGGAAAGGUUGAUGAUUCUCAUGUUAAGUCUGGAGUAAAUCCUGCCAAACCUCAGCCUAAAAAAUGGUUCUGCUGUAUCCAAAGUCCUCCUGCGGACUCUUGACGGUGCCUCUCCCACGUCAGAGCUUCAAGAGAAGUGUAUGUUCAUCUAUCUGUGGCCCCACAAUGUAUUUACCAAAGAAGAUAGGAGCUGUAGAGUGUCGACGGGUACUCCUGGAAUUUGUUUUUUGUGUUGUAAAACUGAGUUGUGGUGGGGGGGGAAGAGCAAAUACACAAUUAUUGUAUCUAUCAUGCAUCGACAUGUUUUUCUUCUCUUUGCUUUCUCUCAUGUUGUAAGCUGUAGAGCUUUCGUGUCGUUUUGUUUCAUGUACAAUUAUUAAAUGGGCUUUGUUUGUGAAA